AUGUUGCCUCUGACGCAAAAAGAUACGCGGACGUCGCGCGGGCCACUUUCUGGAAUCAAGGAAAAAUUCAGUAACUGGUUUAGACUUAUAUAUUCAGAUCAAAACUCGAGGAAUUUAUUCUUAUUUUUAAUUUUAAACUUGUCUUUUGCCUUCGUUGAAUUAUUUUAUGGAGUAUGGACUAACAGUUUAGGUUUAAUAUCAGAUGCAUUCCACAUGUUCUUUGACUGUACGGGCCUUGUUGCUGGUCUGGCUGCAUCAUUGAUUUCUAAAUGGAGGGCAAAUGAACGCUACUCCUAUGGCUAUGCAAGGGCUGAGGUUUUAGCCGGUUUUGUUAAUGGCUUGUUCUUAUUGUUUAUUGCAUUUUUCAUUAUGAGUGAAGCUGUUGAAAGAGCUAUUGAACCACCAGAGGUGAAACACGAGCGCCUCCUACUGGUUUCUAUUCUCGGGUUUAUGGUGAACAUGGUCGGCAUCUACGCCUUCCACCAUGGUCACGGCCACGGCCACGGUGGGCACGGUCAUUCUCACGGUGGCCACGGCCAUUCGCACAAUCACGAUCAUGGGCACUCCCACGACGACACAGAAGCUCCAACCGGGGCCGGCUCCGCUAUCAUGCGAGGAGUGUUCCUCCACGUACUCGCUGAUACCCUCGGCUCAGUCGGAGUGAUCAUUUCUGCAAUAUUAAUGCGAAUGUUUGGUUGGAUGCGAGCGGAUCCGAUUUGUUCGAUGGCUAUCGCCCUCCUUAUCGCCGCGAGUGUUAUACCCCUAGUGCGUGAUUCGGCGGGAGUGUUGAUGCAACGGACCCCUCUGUCCAUCGAACGGUCAUUACCCAAUCUCUUUACGCGCGUCGUGGGGUUGGCAGGGGUGCACGCGGUCCAGGAACCGCACUUUUGGACUCUGUGCAGUGAUGUCCACGUGGGUGCUAUUAAGUUAGAGGUGGCGAGGGAAGUCGACCCCCGGUAUAUAACCGACCAGGCGGCCAGGAUAUUCCGGGAGGCGGGCGUCAAACAUCUAACAGUACAAUUGGACUAUUCGCCCCUCUGA